AUGAUGUCAGGGGUGGAGUCAUUGGUUUUUGGUGAACAGGAUUGGGAGCAGAGUGGGCUGGGAUUGAGGAGCAAAGGAAUCCGUACUCACCUGAGCUGCCUGUCCCAUAAGUCUGACUCGCUAAGUGAUUUCUCAUCUUUACAAUAUGACGCUAAACACAGCCAAGCUCUCAAACGAUUAACUGCAGACGAAGCAAGAAGAUGGGCUCGUUCCUUUGACCUGCUGCUGUCACAUAAAUGUGGGCGCUCAGCAUUCCGUGCUUUCCUACAGUCAGAAUUCAGUGAGGAGAACUUGGAAUUUUGGAUCGCCUGUGAGGAAUACAGAAAAACUCGCUCCGUCAACAAACUCCCAUCCAAGGCUCUUCAUAUCUUCCAAGAGUUCAUCGAUGUUCAGGCUCCCAGAGAAGUUAAUCUUGAUUACCCAACACGUGAACUGACAAAGAGAAACCUACAGCAUCCUUCAUUGUCUUGUUUUGACCUUGCACAACUGAGGGUUCGUAGCUUAAUGGAAAGGGAUUCUUAUCCAAGAUUCCUACGCUCAAAAAUCUACAAUGACCUCCUCACUUACACUCAGAAAAAACCAAGUUAGUGUCAGACUAGAAAUCAAAGUGGCUACAAAAACAUCAUUGUCACUCAAACCAUGGAGACUGGCCCUGCCCCUGAGGAACGGAUGGAGAAGGUCAGAUUAUCACUGCUUGGGAAACUGCAGCAAUUUGACUGCCUAUAUGAUACACUCUACAUCCUUUUGGCUUCCCACAAAUUUUCCUUGCCUCACUCAAAAAACUUUCCAUUCUUUCCAGAAACAAAUUGAAGAUAACAUGUUUAAGGCAAAUAUAUGGAGGUAAACGUACAACAGAAAAAAAACUACAAUAGUUAAGUAAUAUUUCUGAAACCAUGGAUAUUUGUGCUACCUUCUUUCUUGUUGUUUACUAACGUGAAGUGAUUAUAUUUAACUCUCUGUAUCA